CGUCAUGACGUGCUUUAGCCUGCCCGAAAAUGUUCUCCGGUGUUGUUGGAUCUCGAAGAAGCUCAGGACUUUGCGAGGAAAAAAUACAUUCGCAUCCAUGAAGAACCGAAAAGGCAACCGCACGUUUGUAAUCUGAAGACAUUCACCACCCGACCGAGUCGUGAAACGGUCUCUUUUAGGAGACCCGAAGGGGAAGUUUGUGGGGAUCGUUUUUCACGGAGUGAUGUCGAAUCCUGGGACUCGGAGGAACGGAUCCAGCAUCAAAAUCCGACUGACAGUAUUAUGUGCCAAGAACCUCGCAAAGAAAGACUUCUUUCGUCUACCAGAUCCUUUUGCCAAGGUUGUGGUAGACGGAUCAGGUCAAUGCCACUCAACAGACACAGUCAAGAGCACACUGGACCCCAAAUGGAAUCAGCACUACGACCUCUACAUUGGAAAGGCAGACUCAAUCACUAUCAGUAUAUGGAACCACAAGAAGAUCCAUAAACGGCAGGGGGCAGGCUUCUUGGGGUGCAUUAGACUUCUUUCAAAUGCCAUCAGCAGAUUAAAAGACACAGGCUACCAGCGGCUAGAUCUUUGUAAACUGAACCCCUCAGACAGUGAUGCAGUGCGGGGGCAGAUUGUAGUGAGCCUGCAGACAAGAGACCGCAUAGGUAGUGGAGGGCCUGUGGUGGACUGUCGAGGUCUCUUGGAAAAUGAUGGGCCUGUGUUAGAAGGAUGUUUCAGUGAAGAACCACUGCCUUAUUCUGAUCCCACUGGUGCUGCGGGUGGUGGGAAUUGCCGUCUCGACUCACCUAGUCAAGAAAACCGUCUUCAAUCCCAGCGAAUCAGAGCACAGGAUUCCCGAGGCCAUGGUCACACACCUCAGAACAGACCUCAUGGGAACCAGCCGCCUGACCUACCUGAAGGAUAUGAGCAAAGAACAACAGUACAGGGUCAGGUGUAUUUCCUUCAUACACAGACCGGCGUCAGCACCUGGCAUGACCCUCGGAUACCAAGAGACCUGGCGAGUGUAAGCUGUGAGGAGCUUGGUCCAUUGCCAGUGGGCUGGGAGGUCCGAAGCACAGUGUCGGGACGCAUUUACUUCGUGGACCACAACAACAGAACCACACAGUUCACAGACCCACGUUUACAUACAAUCAUCAGCCAGCAAUCUCAAGUGAAAGAAUCCUCACAGGUCCCUCAAAUGGAUGUGGGGGUUGAAGAAGGUGGAUUUGGAGGAAUAGGCAGUGGUGUCGGGGGAGAUGGAGACGUGGCGGCACGCUAUGAGAGAGAUUUGGUUCACAAAUUGAAGCUGCUGCGCCACGAGCUCUCCCUGCAGCAGCCACAAGCUGGUCACUGUCGUAUCGAGGUGUCUCGUGAGGAGAUUUUUGAGGAGUCAUAUCGGCAGAUUAUGAAGAUGAGGCCCAAAGAUUUGAAGAAGCGUCUCAUGGUUAAAUUUAGAGGAGAAGAGGGCCUGGAUUACGGCGGUGUGGCAAGAGAAUGGCUGUACCUAUUGUGUCAUGAAAUGUUGAACCCUUAUUACGGCCUGUUCCAGUACUCCACAGACAAUAUCUACACGUUACAGAUCAACCCAGACUCCUCCAUUAACCCUGACCACCUAUCAUAUUUCCACUUUGUGGGCCGUGUAAUGGGGCUGGCAGUUUUUCAUGGUCACUACAUCAAUGGGAGCUUCACACUGCCCUUCUACAAACAGCUGCUAGGAAAACCCAUUCAGCUCAAUGACCUGGAGACCACCGACCCCGAGUUGCAUAAGAGUCUUGUCUGGAUAUUAGAGAACGACAUCACUUCUGUCCUCGACCACACAUUCUGCGUGGAGCAUAAUGCCUUUGGGAAGUUCCUCCAACAUGAACUCAAACCUAAUGGCCGUAACAUCCCUGUCACUGAGGAGAACAAGAAGGAAUAUGUGAGGCUUUAUGUGAACUGGAGGUUUAUGCGAGGAAUUGAAGCCCAGUUCUUGGCUCUCCAGAAAGGAUUUAGUGAGCUUAUCCCCCAACAUCUCCUAAAACCUUUUGACCAUAAGGAACUUGAGCUGAUUAUCGGCGGAUUGGGGAAAAUCGACCUGGCUGACUGGAAGACCAACACGCGCCUGAAGCACUGUACAAGUGAGAGCAAUGUGGUGCGGUGGUUCUGGCAGGCGGUGGAGGCUUUCAGCGAGGAGAGGAGAGGACGUCUGCUGCAGUUUGUCACAGGCUCCACCCGCGUCCCGUUACAGGGGUUCAAAGCACUGCAGGGCUCUACAGGUUCUGCAGGACCAAGACUAUUUACUAUCCAUUUGAUAGACGCCAACACUGACAACCUGCCCAAGGCGCACACGUGUUUCAACAGGAUAGACAUCCCACCCUACGAGUCUUACGAGAAACUUUAUGAGAAACUGCUGACUGCUGUGGAGGAGACAUGUGGCUUCGCUGUGGAGUGAAAGCCCUUACAACCAAAACAACGUACUCACAGUUGUGCUUGCACUCGCAUUCAACUCUUUGACCUUUUUUUUAAAUGAACAAACAUGCACAGAAUAUGGAGUACGUGCAGGGUGGCCACGCACGACAAGAACACACGGCCCGCCCUCACCCGAACCGUUGGCAGUUGUGGAGGAAGCACAGCGAAGAAGUCAAAUGAAAGAAAAAGUAUUUUAAGAAUUUUUCAAAUGUUUUCAAGAAGCAUUUUUACCUUUUGGGUUUAACAAGCUAUGAUGUCAACUCCUUGGAAUGUCAACAGCCACAUCGAACUUGUCACUCAUCUUGAGCAGGCGAGCAGACACCGUUCAAUGAUGUCUGGACCAAGUACAAAGCCGAGGCUGACUUUCUGUGCGUGACGUCCCGAUUGACUGACUUGUACUCAUCCGUUCACAUUUGACCACUGUUGCGUACUCGAAUGUGUCUGCGUAUGUGUGUUGUGCACGUGGCACAGCGUGGCGGGGUGGACACGGCGUGCCACCUAGUUACGCUGUUAAACGAUCAAAAUGAGCCUGCUCCUCUGUUUGAUUACUUUGCCUGUUCUGUUUAUUCGUACCUGCGACCAUUCUGAUCAACUUAUGUUUUAUUAUUUAUUACUAAGUGAUUACUGACCAAGCUGCUAUACGCUCCGCAAAGAGCUCUCACUAAUCUGUUCAUCCCCUCGCGCAGAUUUGAUGGGUCAAUUCACUUCCAUUUCAAGUCAUCCACAAAGUGGGUUUUGAUUAAUUUUUUUUUUUUUUUUUUUUUUUUUUUUAAUGCAUUAUGAUGCAACUAUUCCUGUGAGUGUAUGUUAAUUAUAAAUGAAUGACAUGGUAUGUUUAUUGAGGUGAAAGGGAUCGACAAGCCAAGCCUUGAUUAGACAAUUUCCUUUUACUGAGAAGUCCAGGGUCGUUGAGAAAGUUUCUAAAUGAGCCGUGAAAAUGCAAAGAGUCAGCUUCAGGAAAGUUUUAUGUGACCUGUUUAAUAAAAGCUCAAGCAUUUCACUCGUUUUAAUACCAAUUUAACAAGCAGGCCCCUUUGGCAGCCCCGAUGUUUUUCUGUCCAUCUCUUUUCCUCCAUUGUCGAGUAGUCAUUAACCUCAAGGCAGCCAUGAAUGAACAAGCGCUUUUUAUCAUUACCAGUCCUCCAGAGAUGUGAAUGAAUUCAUGAAAAAAAGCUAACUCUUGAGAGGAAAAUAUUGGGCUUUACUGUAGAUUGAUGACUGUUAAGCAGAAUAGUUUCAAUCUGCGUUUUUUUAGGUUCUGAGUUCACUGUGUAAUGGAUGCAAGAGCAUUGGAACUUACUAUGUACUAAAACAUUUAUGGAAAAAAUACAGUGUAAAUAAGAUUAUAUGAAAAGAAAUUAAAUUGAAAGUAAUACCAUGUAUUGUGUGAUAGU